AUGAGCCCAAAUACGUUGGCUCCUAAUGACAUCCUUACGGAUGACAAUUACUUCAUGUGGGAAUUUAAUGCACGCAUGACACUCGCGCGCAAGGAUCUUUUGGAUCACGUUUUGAUUAAGCCAGAGCCGGCAGUGCUGCGGGAGAAUACCGGAUGGAAAGUCGCCAAUAUGAAGGCUCUGGCUGUACUGGUGAAGCUACUCUCUCCAACCUAUCAGUGCAUGAAAAAUCUUCACAACCGAGUGCAACUUCGGAAAAAAUUACAUGAAUUUGUGAUGGAGACUGGUGCGAGUCUUAUGGACCAUCUACUAAAAUUUGAUGAGCUGUGUCUCAAGCUCGGAGCUGCCGGUGACAGCAUGGAUGAUGAUGAAAAGCUAGUUUUGCUUUUGGGAAGUUUAUCAUCCGAAUAUGAUGAUAUGGUGCGCAUCAUUGAGGCGCACAGCAACGUGACGCUGUUAGACGCAAAAGAGAUGCUCCGCCGGGAGUAUGACACUCUUCAGAAGCGAGACAAGAAGGAAACCGCUUUUAAGGCACACGCUCAACGUAAUGAACCUCGACGCUUUCAAAGUAACCGAGGACACCGUGGUCAAGAAGAAAAUCGAGAUCGCUACCAAACUUCGAGGAAAGGAAAAGCUUAUGCGAACAAGAAACUUGUGUCUGUAGCAGCGUUGACGGCCCGAGGCGUGCUUGUUCAGUUCAAGCGUGAUCAAGCAGUUUUGAUAAGUGACGACGUGACUGUAGCAGUAAUUAAACGAGUGGGAAAGCUGUUUGCGUGGAAUGUAAAACAACAUAUCACGUUAGAGGCACACAAGGCUGAGAGCAGUGGUGCGAUAAAUGACACUAGUGAACUGUGGCAUGCUCGCCUCGGUCAUGUGUCUACGAAAAAGAUUAUGCAAGCGAUGAAGUCUUGCGAUGACGAAGUAAAGGUGGAAGUACCUGAUUUGAACAAGAAUAACGAGGAUGACGAAAUGGACGUUGAUGAAACUGCUGACAAUGAUACUAGUUGGGAAGACAUGGUUGUGGAUGCGUCUGGAGAUCUCAAUCAGUCACAAAACUUAGAUGUUGUUCCGAUUGAGGGGGAGCGCACAGACAUACAAGUCAUUGACACAAACAAUUCGAUGAUACGUCGUACUUCACACGGAUCGGUCGCUGGAAGUAGCAAUUAUGGUACACACAUGCUCUCAGGAAUACCUGAUCAGUCGCGAGCUAUUAUAGUUUGUGAGAAUUCCCGUGCCCCAGAUGAUCGAAUGGAGAUAUACUCAGGGUCGAACAAAAGACCUUAUAGUACAUUCACGUCAUCUCGUCUACUCACGAAUGAUGAUUUUGACGAUGAGAGGAUUGAUCUACCGCUUUUAACUGAUGGAUCACCUGUCGAUGGCGAAAAUGAUGAGCCGGACCCUAAACGUCAAUGUGUUGACGAUUACGAAAUAUCGCUUUCUGCUACUGAUGUACCAAUAAAUUUACGAGAGGCGUUACAGUCGAUGGACGCAGAAAAAUGGAAGGCAGCAAUUCAAGCAGAAAUUAAUGCUCAUCUUAAAAACCACACAUGGGAUGCUGUCAAUCGUCCUCCAGGUGUCAAGGUCAUUGGUCACAAGUGGGUAUUUGGUUACAAGUACGAUGAAAACGGUCAAAUUGUUCGUUACAAAGCACGCUUGGUUGCCCUCGGAUAUCUGCAAACGCAUGGUUUUGAUUACUUCGACACAUAUUCACCUGAAGCAUGCUCAAACACGAUUCGUGUAUUUUUGUCUGUUUGUUGCAGUAUGCAAUAUGUAAUUCGACAAUUUGACGUGGAAACAGCGUUUUUGAAUGGUGAUUUGGAAGAAGACGUUUACAUGGAGGCACCAUAUGGAAUUGAAAUUGCACCUGGAAUGGUGUGCAAAUUACGACGCAGCUUAUAUGGAUUAAAACAAGCGGCUGCGGUUUGGCACAAGAAAACAUGCUCUGUGUUUUCGGCCAUGGGCUUCGAACAAUGUCGAGCAGACACAUGUCUUUUUGUUCGACGCAAUAAUGCAAAAAAUAAGUCACCCACAUACAUAGUCUUGUAUGUGGACGACCUCCUUAUUGGAUGCAAGUCAGAUGCAGAGGCGGACACGAUUUAUAAGGAAUUGUCAGAACAUUUUACUGUCAAGUCACUUGGAGCUGCGCGGUUUAUUUUGGGCAUGGAAGUUAACUGCUCACAAGAAAAGGGGGAGUUGGUGUUGAAACAGUCCCAAUUUAUUAUGAAGGUGGUCUCGAAGUUUAAGCAAAAUGAAGCUUAUGCAGUUCGCAACCCUAUCUGCGCAGGACAGGACCUAACUCCGGAUGAAUCACACCCAGUGGUUAAAGACAUUACUUCUAUUAUCGCAGUACUUGGACCAGCCACGACAGAGGCACUGGCGAGCGGCUUUACGUGUUUUACACUAUCUCAUGGGAACAAAAUCGCACGGAAUUAA